AUGUUUCUAAUUGUCCUACUGUCUUUAUUUGCCACGUGCACCACUGCAGAGGAUAAAGACAGUGCUCUUACCAGACUGACUGACAUCGAUGGAGCCGAGACGUUCAUUAACUCAUCGGAAGUCGUCGUCAUCGGGUUCUUCGAGGGCGAGAAAAGCCGUGGCUAUAAAGAGUUUAUGAAAGCUGUUGCUGAGGAGAAGUCUGUUCCUAUAGCUCUUUGCAGUGAGAAAGAAGUAUGGGCCCACUACAAAAUUGAAUCUGACACCAUCUCCCUCUUCAGAAAGGUAGACCAGUUCCGGGAUGACUUUAAAGUCUCUGAGGCAAAGAAACUGGACAGCGAUGGGAUCUCACACUUCAUAAACAUCAAUGACCUUCGCUACCUAACAGAGUACAACCAAGUGUCUGCAGUUGGACUCUUUCAGUCUAAGGUGAAGGUACACGUGCUGCUCUUUGUCAGCAGGGGAAGUAAUGACUAUGGCCGACUGAAGAAGAGGAUGAGAGACCUCGCCCCUGAAUAUACCGGAAAGUUCCUGUUUGUUCUGAUAAAUGGGGCAUUGCAGUCCAAUGCCCGUGCCAUGAACUACUUUGGCCUGAAAUCAGGAGACUUGCCCAGGGUGGGUCUCUACGACGCAGACUUGGACAAGAGGUGGCUGAUGCCGAAGGGGGAGAUUUCCACAGAGAAGGUGAAGGCUUUCUGUGAGUCAUACCUGGAGGGAGAGCUGCAGAAACAAAAGGAGGCUGGACAACCUGAUCCAAAAUCAGAGCUCUAA